GUUUUCUGUUUCUCCCUACUUCGUUUUUAUGCAGUUAUAUUUUUCUUUUGAGACAGAAUUUCUCUGUUGCAGUCACGUGAUCUUGGCUCACUGCAACCUCUGCCUCCCAGGUUCAAGUGAUUCUCCCACCUCAGCCUCCCGAGUAGCUGGGGUUACAAGCAUGUGCCACCAUGCCCAGCUAAUUUUUAUAUUUUUAGUAGAGUUGGGGUUUUACUAUGUUGGCCAGGCUGCUCUCGAACUCCUGAGGUUGAGUGAUCCGCCAACCUCGGCCUCCCAAAGUGCUGGGAUUACAAGCAUUAGACACCCCACUUGGCCUGAAGUUAUAUUUUUCUAUAAAACUGCCUGUUUUGAUAUUUUAAAAAAUCACUGGCAUAACGUGGUUUAUGUAAUGUCCUUAUGAUUUUUGUCUUAAUAUUAUUUAUUUAUUUAUUUAUUUUAUAUAUUUAUUUAGAGAUUGAGUCUUGCUCUAUUGCCCAGGCUGGAGUGCAGUGGCCUGAUCUUGGCUCACUGCAACCUCUGCCUCUCAGGUUCAAGCAAUUCUCGUGCCUCAGCUUCCUGAGUAGCUGGGAUUAUAGGCACCCACCACCACACGAAGCUAUUUUUGUGUGUGGUUUGUUGUUGUUGUUGUUGUUGUUGUUGUUUCUUUUUGUGAGACAAAGUUUCGCUGUUGUUGCCCAGGCUGGAGUACAAUGGCACAACCUCAGCUCAGCACAACCUCCAUCUCCCAGGUUCAAGCGGUUCUCCUGCCUCAGCCUCCUGGGUGGCUGGGAUUACAGGCAUGCGCCACUACGCCAGGCUAAUCUUGUAUUUUUAGUAGAGAUGGGUUUCUCCAUGUUGGUCACGCUGGUCUCGACCUCCUGAACUCAGGUGAUCUGCCCGCCUCAGCCUCCCAAAGUGCUGGGAUUACAAGGGUGAGCCACAGCGCCUGGCCAUUUUCGUAUUUUUAGUAGAGAUGGAGUUUCACCAUGUUGGCCACGCUGGUCUCAAACUCCUGACCUCAAGUGAUCUGCCAGUCUCGGCCUCCCAAAGUGCUAGGAUUACAGGCGAGAGCCACCGCACCCGGCCUAGCCACCACGCCUGGCCCACUUAUUUCUAAAUAGACAAUACAUUUGUAUAUUUCAAAAUUCAGAAAGCACCAUCUCAACCCCGUCCCUAUUCCUGUAGCUUCUCAGAUGCAACCAAAUAGAUUCAGUUUCUUGGUAUCUUUCUAGAGGUAGUUUAUGAACAUAAGCAAAUAUCCAAAUAAACAAAUAUGUUCUUUUGCUUUUUUUAUACAAACGUUACUUUAUUGUACCUAUUGAUCUGUUCCUUUCUCUUUCUUUCUUUUUAUUAUUUUAUUUUAUUUUUUGAGAAUAAAAAGGUCUUGCUCUGUGGCCUAAGCUGGAGUAUAGUUGUGCAAUCUGGGCUCACUGCAGCCUUCACCUCCCAGGCUCAAGCGAUCCUCCCACCUCAGCCUCCCGAAUAGCUGGGACUACAGGGAUAUGCUACGAAGCCCGGCUAACUUUUUGUAUGUGUUGUAAAGGCAGAGUUUCACCGUGUUGCCCAGGCUGGUCUCAAACUCUUGGACUCCUGCGAUCUGCACAGGUGCCCCUCGCAGGGUCAUUACUGGUGGCCAGCGCUGUGUGUGUGACGAUGAUGACAAGCCUAAACUGCACAAGGACUCAUGUCCCGGGCGCUCCAUGUGACCACCUCCGGAGAGGUCUCUGGCUCGUUGUGACCCCAAGGAGUAACCCACUGCCUCCUGCAGCUCUUCCAGACCCAGUUGCAAAGAAGAGCUGCAUGCUCAACCUGCUGCUGUCCCUGCCAGAGGCCAACCUGCUCCCCUUCCUUUUCCUUCUGGACCACCUGAAAAGGGUGGCAGAGGAGGAGGCAGUCAAUAAGAUGUCCCUGCACAACCUCGCCACGGUCUUUGGCCCCACGCUGCUCCAGCCUUCCGAGAAGGAGAGCAAGCUCCCUGCCAAUCCAAGCCAGCCUAUCACCAUGACCGACAGCAGGUCCUUGGAGAUCAUGUCCCAGGUCGAGGUGCUGCUGUACUUCCUGUGGCUGGAGGCCAUCCCUGCCCUGGACAGCAAGAGACAGAGCAUCCUGUUCUCCACCGAUGUCUAAAGGUCCCAGUCCAUCUCCUGGAGGCUGACAGACAGCCUGGAAA